CCCCUCCCCCGGCGCACGCCCCGCCCACAUUCCUGGCCUAGUGCGGCGUUUCCGGUGGUUUUCCUCGCUCUUCUUGGAACGGGAAGAUGGCGAACCAGAUCAUCAAGUGCAAGGCUGCAGUUGCCUGGGAGGCUGGAAAGCCCCUCUCCAUAGAGGAGGUAGAGGUGGCACCCCCAAAGGCUCAUGAAGUUCGGAUUAAGAUUCUUGCCACUGCAGUUUGCCACACUGAUGCCUAUACUCUGAGUGGGGCUGAUCCUGAGGGGAGUUUUCCAGUGAUCUUGGGACAUGAAGGUGCCGGAAUCGUGGAAAGUGUUGGUGAAGGAGUUACUAAGCUGAAGGCCGGUGAUACUGUCAUCCCACUUUACAUUCCACAGUGUGGAGAAUGCAAAUUUUGUCUAAACCCUAAAACGAACCUUUGCCAGAAGAUAAGAGUCACUCAAGGGAAAGGAUUAAUGCCAGAUGGUACUAGCAGAUUUACUUGCAAAGGAAAGACACUUUUACAUUACAUGGGAACCAGCACGUUUUCUGAAUACACAGUUGUGGCUGAUAUCUCUGUCGCUAAAAUUGACGCUUUAGCACCUUUAGAUAAAGUCUGCCUUCUGGGUUGUGGUAUUUCAACUGGUUAUGGUGCUGCUGUAAACACAGCCAAGGUGGAGCCUGGCUCUAUUUGUGCAGUCUUUGGCCUGGGAGGAGUUGGCCUGGCAGUCAUUAUGGGCUGUAAGGUGGCUGGCGCAUCUCGGAUCAUCGGUGUGGACAUCAAUAAAGAUAAAUUCACAAGAGCCAAGGAUUUUGGCGCCACUGAAUGUGUUAACCCCCAGGAUUUCAGUAAACCUAUUCAGGAAGUGCUCAUUGAGAUGACUGAUGGAGGAGUGGACUAUUCCUUUGAAUGUACUGGUAAUGUGAAGGUCAUGAGAGCCGCCCUGGAGGCCUGUCACAAGGGCUGGGGUGUCAGUGUGGUGGUCGGCGUAGCCGCUGCAGGGCAAGAAAUCGCCACUCGCCCGUUCCAGCUGGUAACAGGUCGCACAUGGAAAGGCACUGCCUUUGGAGGAUGGAAGAGUGUAGAAAGUGUCCCAAAGUUGGUGUCCGAAUAUAUGUCUAAAAAGAUAAAAGUUGAUGAAUUUGUGACUCACAAUCUGUCUUUUGACCAAAUUAAUGAAGCCUUUGAACUGAUGCAUACAGGGAAGAGCAUUAGAACUGUCAUAAAGCUUUAAAUUCAAGAGAAAGAUUUUGUGGUCUGACUGGAGCAGCCAGACAAGCAGGCAGAAGCUCUUCCAAGUUGACAGACUCUUCGACCUCCAGCAACCUGCUCUAGGGAGUGAUGUUUAGUGAAUGACUCACAGAUCUCUAAUCAAGGAUAAGGCUAAUACAGUUAUAAAUCUGCUUUCUGGACUUUCACAUGACUAAUUGCUAGCUUAUUAAGGAAUAUUUUAACAUAAUAAAAGUAAUUUCUGCA